UGAACACAAUUGCCGCAACUGUAUUUGAAUUUCAUGUAAGGAGAAGCGUCUCAAAAAUAAUUUUAAAAUUAAUUCUUCGUGUUUAUUUUUACAGGCGUUAAAAACAGAAUGAGUGUUUCGAUGCGGGAAACUAAAAGCCAAGGAUCAACUAAAACAAACAACCGAAAAAACUCUCGUCGUACCCGCACCGAAAAUUUGGAAAAGGAAGUGGAACUUAUAAUGUCACAAGAAGAUGAUAGUGAUCACGAAAUGGAAAUGGAAAUAGAAAUUUCGAAAGAAAACCAGGUACCGGGUACUCCCAAGAAAACUGAAGGCGUUGGCCACUUCCCGCAAACGCCAAGCAGUAGAAGAAUUGAGAAUUUAAACCAAACUCCACGUCGUAGUGCCCGAAAAAGUAUCAAACCCGUUCAAGAAUACGAAGACAUUGUAAGUUGUAAGCGCCAGCUGAGAUCUGCAGCCAAAAUUGAUGUAGAAAAUACUGAGCUAGUUGUUGAAGAACAACAAGCCAAGUGGACGCCUGCCAAGGUAGGUCGCGUGUCACAAAAGAGAGGACGAAAAAGUCGCAAAACUGCUGGCGAUAAAAGCAAAUCAAAGGCGCUUAGUGGUAACGAAAGUCAAGAUAUCGUUGGAGUGAACAAAUUACAAGAUGACAAUGACAAACCAGAUAUUGAUUCACAGGAAGAGAAUAAUUUACAUAAUGAACAUGAAGAUCAAAUAAUUAUUAGCGGUGUAGAGAGUAACGUAGUCGAAGAUAGUACUUUUAAGAACGAGGAAAAUAUUAAAAAAGAAGGAAAGAAAAUCAAUAUCGUAAACAGUGAUGCAAUUGAGGAAGGGGUAAAGCAAAAUUUAAAUUUAGAUGCUAAAGGAACAAAUGUUAUUGAUACGGAAGUAUAUAUAAUAGAAUCUAAAAAUAUGUCGCAUACAGAAGAUAAUGGCAAGGAAUCGUUUAUUGACGAGGAAGAAAGUGCACUGAAUGAAACAUUUGAAAAAGACAAUAUUGUUGAUGUUGGAGAUGAUAAGGGUCAAGAAAAUGGUUUUGGGACCUAUUUGAAGAGUAAUAACUUAGAUAUAUCAGAUUUAGGACUGAAUCCAUUAAAUGAAGAUGUAAAUCUAAUAGAUGAUUUACCAAAUACUGAGCACAAAACCGAUAAAAUUACCGAAGCGAAGGAAAAUAAUAAAAUUGCUUUUCCAGUUGUAACAAUAAUGGAUGAUACAUUAAAUAGUAGUGAUUGUAUUUUGGUAAACGCCAAUGUUGAAGAAAAAACAGAAGACGAUAUGCAACCAUUGAGACUUUCUGAUGAUGAAACGCCUUCAUCACCCCUAUCAAAAGCACCUCGUAUUAUACUUACAACGGAUGAGGGAGAAGAUCAAACAUUGAAUUCUAGCACUCUUCUUAAUGAAGGUACUACCCCAAAACGCUACUCAAAAACAGCAAUGCGUAUGCCGACACCAUAUAAACCCAAAACUGAUCAUCUAAUAAACGAAACUAAUAUGGAUCAAGAGGAUUCUGAGCCAGAAGUACCAUCUAUUACAAUUGAAGUUUCAAAAAUGGAACCUAAAGAAAUUGUAGUAAAUAGUAUUAGAAAGCGUUCAUGGUCCGUCUGCAUUGGUGGUGCUGAGGUGCAAAAUAAGCGCAAAAAUGUUACAUUUUACAGUCCAGCUAAUCAAACGACAAUCUUGGAAGAUUUAGAUGAACGCAUUGUGCAGAGCGUCAAAAAGAUUGCAAAAGGAAAAUCAGAUACCGAUGGCGCUUUUAUCACUCAACGUCGCAAAAGAUCUAUGUCCUUUGAUGAGGCUAUGAUUAAUAAAUCAAAAUGCCGAAAUCAAACUCCGGGUAAAAUAGGCGUGACACCACAAAAAGUGAAACCAGCGCGUACUAAAUUACCCAAUUUCGCAGCUAUACAUCAGAAAAAUUUCGAAAAAAUGGAAAAUCUUGUCGAGCAUGUCAAUCGCAAGGCAGAACGUGCUAAAAUACUAACAAAUUCUGCUACAAAAGCUCGUGCUACUUCUGCACAAAAACCAGCCAAGAGCCAACAAGUCAGUUCAUCCACCGCAACUGUUUCGGAAAAACCGAAAGCCGUAAAACGUAUAAAUUUACAAACUACCGAGACAUCAACAUUUUCCAUUGCAGGGCAUAUGCCAAUGCAAAAAACAACCCAUACGCCACGGAAAGAAACACAAGAAUCUAAGCUUCCCGUACCACGAAUUGCCAUUUGCAAACCAAUUUCUGUACCAGAAAUAACACAUAACGAAAACUGUGAAGUAAAUUUGCCAAACCCACGUCGAGGCAUCAUUAAGCCUCACACCAUUACUAAUGCCAGCGGCAAGAAUAAGCAAAUGACGCCGGGAAAGAAUGUGCUAAAGCCAACGCAAUCAAGACAAGCCGGCCAGCGACCAGCUUUCAAUUUAUCAACUGCACUCGAAUCAUCACAGGCCAACAUUGCAAAGCCAAUAAACACAAUCGGCGGACAGUCAACUGCGGCCGUUGUAGCUAAAGCAAAUGCCACAAAAACCACAACACAAGCACCAACAAUAUCUUUUGAUGAAAAAAUGGCUUCACGACGACAACGUCGUAUGGAUAUGUUUAAAGGGCGUGGUGCAAGUACGCGCACUACACCUGGCACAGCAGAAAAAAAUUUCGGUAAUCUAAUAAGAGGAGUACGUUCAAAUCGUAGAUUUGAAUUACAAAUGGCGCACCGUAAGAAUAUGGAACACUAAACGAAAGAGAAGAAAAUUAUAUUUUUUUUGGAAUUUAUAUACUUAUAAAUAAAUCUGAUCUACUUGGUUUCAUGUUAUUUAGAAUACACUUGGAUGGCUUGUUAGCCAAUUUUGUAUUAGUUAAAAAAAAAAAAACAAAAAAAAAAAUGUUCGACAAAGCUUUAGUCAACAUUAAUUGCAUUAAAUUUAAAUGUUAAAUACAUGUUACUGUAUAACUUUAACAAAUAACUCAAA